CUCUGUGCCUGCUGGGUGUGGGGGACAGAUGGGCUGGGUUUGGGGACCAGAUGAAGGGAUCAGCUCUGGGCUUGGUGGGGAGGCAGCUGUGAAACUGAAUAGCCUGGUGAGGGUGAUGAGCUGGCACAGAUUGCAGAUCCUUCUGUCUUUGUGUUUUACAGGUCUUGGAAACUGCCAGGACCUCUGUUUUGAAGAAUUAUUUUCUUUUUGGUAGUUGACAAUUUAUAGCAAAUGCCACAAUUUGGUUGUCGGUCUUAAUGACAUCUGUCCUGAAAAUCUGAGAAUUUACUUUUAUAAUUUUUUUCAUUUAUAACAGACAGGGAAAGGGGCAGAAAUAUCUCCCAACCUCUCAUAGCCACUGAUGACGUAGCUGCUGGUUCAGUUUGACAAUUAACUUUAUUCUCCCAAUGGAGAAUAGCAACACCCAGAGCACACCAAAUUAUUUUAUGGUAUGUGAACAUUGGGAAGGCUUUAAAGAUGGGGAAAGGGCCUGAGGAGACCACCAAGAUGAUCAGAGGGCUGCAGCUGCUUUCCUGUGAGGAAAGGCUGAGAGUGUUGGGAUGGUUCAUCUCAGAGAAGAGAAGGCUUUGAGGUGAUUUAAUUGUGGCCUUCCAGUACCUGAAGAGAGUCUACAAGAAAGGUGGAGAGGGGCUGCUUGAAAGAGCACAGAGUCACAGGGCAAGGGAGAAUGGCUUCCCACUGCCAGGGGGCAGGAUUGGGUGGGAUACUGGGAAGGAAUUCCUCCCUGGGAGGGUGGGGAGGCAGAAGCUGUGGUUGCCCCAUCCCUGGAAGUGGAUGGGCCUUGGAGGAAGCUCUAGUGGAGGAAGAUGUCCCUGCCCAUGGCAGGGAGUGGAACAAGCUGAGCUUUAAGGUCCCUUCCAACCUAAACCAUUCUGGGAUUCUUUAAAGGCUCUGAAGUGUUGAUAUUUAAUGCCUGAAUCUGCAGAAAUUUGCAUAUUUUAGAAAACAUUUAGAAGCAGUCAAAGACUUGGUGUCUCUUCCAUUUUCUCUGUGUGCUAUGUUGGGUAGUUACACUUAUGUGGGCAGAAAUCCUGUUGUGGAUGAGGUUAUGCUGGUAGGAAUUAGUCAUGUUAGAGUGACAAAGGAACCUCUCUCUGCCGAGGCAGCCGUGCCACCCUGUGGAAAUGCAGCACAGCCUGUUGCAUAUCCAGAAAACCUUUUUCUGUGUUUGAAAGAUGAUCUUGGAGACAGGAACUAAAUCUGGCGCAUCAAGUGUUGGAAAAAAUGUCAUACAACUCAAAAAAAAAAAAAAAACAACCCAAAAAACUAGGGAAGCAGUGGAUGCUUAGUUUUGGGUAAGGAAGAAAAAAUGCUUUGGACAGCUCUUCCUAAUGAGGAUCUGUAAGGACUGAUGGUGGAUAAAAGCCAGGAAAGGCCAAAGCAUGGGAAAAAUUGCUACUACAUCAUAAUUUCAGUGAGAUGGAUGCGAUCCAAGAGGGUUUAGAGCUGACAAAACCAGCGUGGAGCUGGUUUGUUGUGGAAGCUGUUUAGUAGGACGGAUUUAGCACGGCACACGUAGCACCACGCUUCCAGAAACAGGCGUUCCACAGACCUCUCUGAGAGUCACCAGUUGGUUGUGAAGGCUGUUGGAAGAACUCUCCUGCCAGAGCUUUGUUGGAAUUGUGCUUCUCAGCCUUUCUCUCUUCCCAGUGCAUCGUGAGCCCAGCAGCCUCACUCAUCUCACCUACCUGCUGGUAAAUUUUUGGGAGCAGCUCAUGGAUAUCCGAGAGGCCUCAGCCUGUGGCCUGAAGGUUUUGCAGGGUAUAAUUUCUGGGCAGGUGCAGUGAAGUCCUUCCUGCCUCUCGUGGCUCUUCAGGAUAAAGGCACAAUGUCUGGAACUGAUGAUUUUUCGUUGGCAGAUGCUUUACCAGACCAGUCGCCUGCUAAAACCUCCAAAGUGAGCAGCACCAAGGCUGGCCAGCAGCCCGGGCAGCCUCCGCAGGGCUGGCCGGCUUCCAACCCUUGGAAUAACCCCAGCGCCCCCCCUAUGACUCCAACGGGACUGCCACCAAACACAUCGGCUUCCAGCGUGCCCUUCGGACCUCCCCCCACGGGAAUGUAUCCUUCAAUGCCCCCGGGACCGCCUGCUCCAUUUCCUCCUCCUCCUACUGGACCCUCCUGCCCUCCUCCUGGUGGUCCAUAUCCACCCCCAACAGUGCCAGGUCCUGUCCCUCCAGGGCAGUAUCCUCCACCAAAUAUGCCCUUUCCAGAGCUUCCACGACCUUACGGAGGUCCAACAGAGCCAGCUGCACCUCCUGCUCCUGUUGGGCCAUGGGGAUCCAUGCCCUCUGGAGCAUGGGGACCAACAAUGGGAGGGCAGUAUCCUGCUCCCAGCAUGCCAUAUCCACCCCCAGGGCCAUAUUCCGCUCCUACCCAGACUCCAGGGGCUGCACCGACAGUACCGUGGGGUACGGUCCCGCCUGGAACGUGGGGACCGUCACCGCCCGGGCCAUUCCCUCCACCCACAGGAUCAUAUCCAGCUCCAGGACUAUAUCCUACGCCCCCUAAUCCUUUUCAAGUGCCAUCUGGUCCUGCUGGUGCUCCAUCAAUGCCUGGUGGUCCCCAUCCUUACCGCUGAAUACAUUCUGGGCAACAAAAUACUGUAGUUUUCCACCUUCAUCCACUACUUACAGAGAUUUUUACAGUUUUUGUUUCAGUAAUGUAUGGGGCUAUGAAGAAUAUUGCCUCUUGUAUGUGCAUUUGAGGUGUGAAGGAGCAGUUUACAUCAAUUUACCUUGCUCAUGUGCUGGCAUAAUUAUUUGGUUUAAUCAAGUGAAAUACAAAGAGAAGAAAUCAACUAACACACCUGUGGUUCUUAUGUUGGCAAGUAUUCCUUGGAAAAACAGGAGUUGCCAUGUAAGGAUUGUAAAGAAUCAGGCCCACGGAAUUAAAAAAAAGUUAAUUCUUAGAUUUCCAUUAAUGCUUUAAGUCUCGUUGCCAGACUCCUGCUGGUCAUUGAACAAAUGGAUAGUCAUAUUUUGUCUAUUUUCAGGUUAUUCUAAAAAGUCAAUAGAGAAAGUGUUUCAACAUUUUAGUCAAGAAACCUAAUUUUUGAACGUGCUACAGUAAUUCAAACUAACAAGACAGAGCAUGUGAACUCGAAGGUUUUCUCAGCAUUUUGUACAUACUCAAACCAAUUGCUCGGUCUGGGACUACGGAGGAGAAGAGCCACGUUUGGAAGCCUUGGUGUGACUUGUCAGCACACUGUUGGUGUUCACAAACAGGCAUUCCUGUGCAAGUGAAAUAACCUGGAUGUGCAGUUAACUUUGAAUCAGCAAAAUGUGAGUUUUAUGCAUGCAAAUGAGGACAUCCUGUUGCCAGUUCUCAUUCUGUGGUGGUUGGAAGUUUGGCUUGGUCUGUGUAAAGAGAAACUGAUCCCCACGUAGGUACUUCCCUAUUUCUGACCUGGGUUCUAGUCAUUUCAAAUUUGACUUGGCUGCUGGGUUGUGUAAACCUAGCAGACUUUUUCAGAGUCCCUGGAAACUGAACUUGAGCUUAAAACCCAACCUGAGCAUUCCCUUCCCAGCAGUUUUUUGGCACAGUUGUGUCAGGACAGAGAUCCUCGUUGCCGCGGUCGGGCGCGAGGGGGUCUCGUUUGCUGUCCCUGGGAGCAGCCCCCUGUGCCCAGCUGGGUGUCUGCAUACCUCAAGGAGUAGGUGGAAUUUGGGAGAAACUGAAUGUCAGGAAGCCUGUGCACUGCUGUGCAGCUGCCUCUCCCACGGGGCGCUGCCCUAGGUUUUCUUGUUCUUGCCAUACCUGUGCCAAGCACAUCCGAGGGGUUUGCCACGUCUCUUGGUGGGACUUCAUGGCCUGCACUUGGACCACGGACAGUUUGUUUCCUCCCCAGCUGGGGAUCUCCUAGCUUAGCCUCUGUGGGUAGAAUUAGGAACAGAUUUUGCUUCACAUGGUAGCUCAUUAGGGAGUCUUUGUAUCAUGAAACUGUGAACACGAGUUAAUACUCUUCCAGUACCUUUGUGGCUUCCUGCAUGUGUGUGAUGGAUACUCUAAAAGCACGUGGGGUGGCCUGGUGGUGAUGCUCCUUGGUAGUCAUAGCCUUUCUGGCAAAAUCCUACAGUAUUUUUUGCAGGAGAAAGCCAGCUGAGCUGUGGCUGCUUUAAUCCAACAUCAUGAAAGAUGAUAGCAAAGGAAUGUCUAUUUUUUGUUUUAGGAAGACAGUACUGGAGCUGAACAAAAAUACUUUAACAUUUCAACUUAAACCCCAGCGACUUAACCCUUGGAAUAAGAACCAAAAGUGUAAGUCUUCACUAAUCUUAAGAAAAAACCCCAGUUGCCCCCCAGGCAGACUUGGCAAGACUAAUUAAAAAUUAACAUAAGCAACAUUGACUGCAUUUGCUCAAGUGCUUUUUUGAUACCUGCAGCCUUAGACUGUAAAUCAUUGUAAUGAAAAAGCAUUUAUCCAAAUGAAUGGAUCAUGCAGUAGCAGCACUCCAGUUGGAAUUGCACUGGCCCUAUGUCUCUGCAGGGAAUGGGAAGAGGUAGGAAAGGAUAAAGCAAAAGUAGCAAGUAAUGAUUUUUGGAAAGGGGUUUUGUAAAAGUAACUAGACUUCUAGGUUCUUCCUGAAAUAGGCAGGAUUUAUUACUGGAACAUUUAGGCUAAAAUUCAAUAUAUAUGGGAUGUUUUUCAAUGUAUAUUCGUAUUUCUUGAGGUCAUGAAAACUGUUUCAUAACCCCUUUGUUUUUGUGAGCUGAGUUCUUUGCAUAGCAGUGAAAAGGGUAUUCCUGUUAAUCUAUUGUGUAAAAACUCAAGGUGUCACUAUAUACCGUGUAGUAACUUUAUCACAUGUUAUGUCAAGUGUGAGCAACUUCUGGCCUGAAGCUUUUGCAAUGGAAUUUGUACAUUUCUAUGCAUCAUUUUGAGUUCAAUUGCUGAGGAGUUCGUUUUGACUUGUGCUUUGAGGUUGACAUACUGCAUUUGUUUACAAUACGAAAUAUAAGCAAUCACAUCUUUAAAGUAUAGAUUAUCACCUGCUGCUGUAUUUUCUUUAGAUGAAACAAAUAUUGCUGUAUGAUAGUGAGAAGCUAUAAAUACAGGAUUUGAUAUUUUUUUGAAAAUGCUGUCACUUUUGUAUAAGAUUAGACAUUAAACGUAUUUUCAAGAC